CCAGGUUCAGAUUGCAACGAAGUGUUUUUAGCCUUUUGCAAGAUCUGAAUUCGAGCCGUUUGCGUUCUGCAGUCCUUCGCUCGUUGUCGGUCCUAUCGUUCUACCGUCCUGACAAGUGUUUUGCGUCCUUUUCUUUUCCCUUUAGUAACAACCGCACGCGUUCCGAAGCCGGCCUGCGUGGGGGGGUUGAGAUCGGAGGCUUUCUCAGCAAAAACACAUUUUGUGUAAGCCAAAGCAAUUUCUCCUGCUCCUCCAAGAGAGAAAAAAAAUUCAUUACUAGUUUCCCGCUGUCAAGUCGUCCAUUGCUCCUCGGAACGACUUCUGGGCAGUCAGCGCGACAGUGGUCAGGUGCUUCGCAUAUUUCUCCAGCUCUUAUUGCUUCGGCAAUUAACAGAAGUUGUACUCCUUUCUCAUGUUAGACAACUACUAACUUGCUGUGAUUGAGAUCUCUCGCACUUAUUCCACGACAUCUCUCCUUCCGGUAGAUUAGGCCAACACAGUUCGCGGAGACAACUGCUCUACGUAGCACUUUUCUAACUUCUUUCGUAUCAAAAUGCCUCGAAAACCUCCUUCAAGAAGGGGCUCCUUCGCUGACAUGCCCUCGGAUCUGAUGCAGCAGAUCGAGCGGCUAGAGGAGCUCUUCCUUGUGUCAACCGACAAGCUAAAGGCGAUUACCAACCACUUUGUAGGCGAAUUGACACAAGGCCUCACCGAGGAAGGCGGGGAUAUCCCUAUGAAUCCAACUUGGGUCAUGGGGGUGCCAGAUGGCAAUGAGACGGGCAAAUUCCUCGCUAUAGACAUGGGUGGCACCAAUUUGCGAGUAUGCGAAGUCGACCUCCUGGAAGAGAAAGGUGAAUUCGACAUUAUCCAAUCUAAAUAUCGGAUGCCCGAAGAGCUCAAAACCGGGACUAGCGAAGAACUGUGGGGAUAUAUUGCAGACUGUCUACAACAGUUCGUGGAGUAUCAUCACGAAAACGAACAGUUGGACCAAAUGCCGUUGGGAUUCACAUUCUCAUAUCCUGCGACACAGGAGUAUAUCGACCAUGGCAUUCUCCAGCGAUGGACGAAAGGAUUCGACGUGAAGGGAGUGGAAGGGAAGGAUGUCGUGGAGCCGUUCGAAGCUGCCCUCAGAGAACGAAAUCUCCCGAUCAAAGUAGCUGCGUUGGUCAAUGACACCAUGGGAACUCUCAUUGCCUCAGCAUACACGGAUACUGAAUGCAAGAUCGGCUGCAUUUUCGGCACCGGCUGCAACGCUGCUUACAUGGAGAAAUGCGGAAAUAUCCCCAAGCUCAAGCAUAUGAACUUGGAUCCAGAAUUACCGAUGGGCAUCAACUGCGAAUGGGGUGCUUUCGACAAUGCCCACAAGGUGUUGCCUCGGACACCGUAUGACAUUAUCAUCGACAAGGAAUCUCCCCGUCCCGGCCAACAAACCUUCGAAAAGAUGGUCGCCGGUCUAUACCUUGGCGAGAUAUUUCGCCUCGUGCUCCUCGAUCUUCACGAGAACCCUGACUGCAAGAUCUUUGACGGUCAAGACGUGAGCAAGCUGAAAAAGGCAUACACGCUUGACGCGUCUUUCCUCUCGGCCAUAGAAGAGGACCUCUUCGAAAAUUUGACUGACACAGCGAGCCUGUUCCAAAAUCAACUCAACAUAUCCGCCACCAAACCGGAGCUCGAGCUGUGCCGUCGCCUGGCUGAACUGAUCGGAACCCGCGCGGCACGCCUGUCCGCAUGCGGCGUCGCAGCCAUUUGCAAGAAGAUGAACUGGUCUUCCUGCCACGUCGGCGCCGAUGGUAGCGUCUUCAACAAGUACCCGCAUUUCAAAGCACGCGGGGCACAGGCGCUUCGGGAGAUUCUGGACUGGCCUAAAGAGAUGCGGAAGGAUCCUAUCGACAUCAGGGCCGCAGAGGACGGAAGUGGUGUGGGCGCCGCAUUGAUUGCCGCGUUGACACUGAAGAGAGUCAAAGAGGGGCAGAGUGCCGGCGUGAGAGAUCCCGAGAGCAUGUUAGCAGGAACGAAAGUGGCGAAGGCGGCAUGAGAUUGUAACGAAGUAGGAAUUGCAUUCAGUGACGACUUUUACCG